AUGAGGAAAGAGCCCUUGGAUGUGGAUCAGAUUGGGUGCUUAACCACAAGGACUCGUUAUAUCGUCCUCAUACUAGGAUCGGCAUGUAUUGCCUCGAUAGCUUCAAAUAUGGUAGUCCUCAAUUUCACUUUGAUUUGUAUGGGUAGGGAAUACAAUGAGAGCACUCCCCUUGAUCUGGAGAACAGAGGUCCAUACGACUACUCACAAUCAGAGAAAUCGUACUUGAUGUGGGCAGUGGCUGUUGGAACGCUAGUCGCAGCAUGGCCAUUUCACUGGUUUUACCAGAAAUACGGUGCAAGAUCCGUAUUUUUCACGGCUGGUGUUAUCUCAACAGUUGCCACAGCCGUCAUGCCUUUUAUGGCAGCCCAUACUUGGAUUGGGCUUCUUGUAGCAAGAUUCUUCCAGGGAGUGUCAUUUGGCGCUGACUUCGCUGCAAUCGGCUUGAUUGUUGUCAACUGGGCUUCAUUAAAGCAGCAUGGUUUCUUCAUCUCGCUUUUGUCAUCGUUCUCUCAGAUCUCAGUGAUGUUCACUAUGCCGGUGGCCGGUGAGCUAUGUGAAUCAUCAUUCGGGUGGUCUUCGGUGUAUUAUGUUCAUGCUGCUCUCAGCGCUGUAUUAUUCACUGCUUGGUUCUAUUAUUACAGAAACAAUCCGGUUAAGCAUCCGUCGAUGACAGAAAUUGAGCUGGAAAAGAUACAUCGUGGCAAGGGAGAAAUCAACGAACAUGAGUCAACGCCAGUUAAGGAAAUUUUGACAAAUCACAUAAUGUGGUCUGUAUGGUUAUCCGCUUUCGGUGAGCUUAUGAUGUCUCAGUUUAUCGUAAUGUAUGGUCCCACUUAUCUCAAAGAGGUUCUCGGAUUCCGAGUCGCCCAUACCGGUUAUUUUGUUGCCGUUCCUCGCGCUCUCCACUUAAUGUUCAAAAUAAUUAGUGGAAUUGCUAGUGAUAGAAUCCUCUUCAUCUCAGAAAAAACUAAAAUGAGAAUUUUCAACACGAUUGCAUUGAUGGUGUCUGGGACUUUCUUUUGCGUUCUUGGAUUCAUCUCUAAAGACAUGGCCACUUAUGCUCUAAUUUCUCUAUUGAUAAUCGAAUGCUCCACUGGCUUCAUUUGCGGUGGAUUCUACAAAUGCGCUACGCUUGUGGCAAGGCAGCACUCUCACUUUGUGCUAUCACAAAUACAAUUCAUCAAAUGUUUAUCUCUCUUCAUCGAACCAUUACUUGUAUUUUUGAUAUGCAAACACAACACAAUCACAGAAUGGAGGGUCGUUUUCCUUAUCCAUGGAAUCCUUUUGAUAGUGGGCAACAUUAUCUUCUGCUACUAUGCCACGGAUAAACCAGCUUCGUUUACCAAACGGAAAGAUCCGGACGCAAGUCUGACCGAGCAAAAAAGAUUGACCGCCGAAGACGAGUGA